UACCCGACAUAUACCGUACCUAACUCUUCUUUUUUCUCCGCCGGAGUCAGUCGGGUGAAACCCAUGAAAUUGUUUUCUCAGUAUCACACGACAUGGUCCUCUUCCUACAUAAUAUUUACCUUAUGAUGCAUUCAUCUUUCAGUGGGUGACUGUCCUUAGCAUAAACAAGUAACAAGCAUCGCGUAAUACCCAUUGUGAGGGCACAGACGUACCACACUGGUAGCUCUGAGAUAAUCGGAAUAUAAAUUAAAUUACAUAUGAUUAAACAACUUUGAGAAAUUUCAGUUGAAUACCAACAUUUGGGAAAACACAUUUUAAAAAUAUGACAGUGUUAAUCAUCUAUUUGCUGUGCUUUUCCUAUGCGUUGCAAAUGUGUGCGACUGAGGUGAAGGGAUCUAACACCGAGCUAGUGGAUGCGCUGAUGCGGGACCUGCGCUCGUGGGACCUCCCUGUCCAGGAGUCUAGGUGCAGGGAGGAUGUCCUGGAUAUGAUGGAGGGUGUUAAAAACUUCACAGUGUGGGCUACUUGGAUGUGGGAGUCGUCGGCGCUGUCGCCGGUGGGCUCUCUCUCUGGCUCGCAGCAGCAGCUGGGCGGCUGGGCGCAGUGCGCGCUGGCGCCGCGCGCCGCCUACUGCCUCGUGCGCGUGCGCACCGCGGGGGGGAGGGCGCAGGGGGGGGAGGUGGGGCUGUAUGCGUCGGCUGAGGAGUUGUUGCGGACCCCCAUAAAGUACAACCUGGACCGCGGCCGCCUCGACUGGGGAGUGUGCCUGCCCUCCUCCUGUCCCCCCCGCUUCUCCGAGCCCUAUGUCCUGAUGCUGCUGAGGCACUCCCACUACGCCGCGGUGAAAGACCUUAGCGCCAAGGUGGAUUCCUGCCAGAUCAGUGGGGAGCCGUUGAGGCCGGUCACUGUGGACUUUUAUUUGUUUUUUGCACUCGCAGCAUCAUUAAUCCUGAUCACUCUAACGAGCUCUCUCUACAUCAAAUACUACUCGAAUCCUAAACUCAAGCCGUCUACCCUUACCAACAUCAUGCAAUGUUUCUCAAUAGAAGACAACUUCCAUGCUCUAACCAAGGACUGUCCGAAUGAUAUUCUAGAGAUGCACGGGAUAAGGUUUCUGACUUCUGUUGGUAUUGUGACGCUGCAUUCAGUGAUUUAUAGACGGAGCGCCAGUAAUGGAUUGUAUAUGGUAGAGUUCACAGACUCCAUCCGCAACUCGUGGAUGCACCGCUGCGACCUGUUCGUGGACACAUUCUUCAUGAUGUCGGGGCUGCUGUUCGCGCGGGCCGCCCUGGCGAGCCUGGGGAGGGAGCACCAGCCGUGGCGGCAGCUUGUGAGACGGUAUUUUAGGUGA